AGCCCCUAUGCGAUAACAGAAGCAGUGCCGCGUGAGGCGAAUAGGCGCCCCCGUAGGCGGCGCCGAAGAGCAUCGGAGGCGGCGCGCGGCGAGCCCGCCCCCCUUGAAAAGGAAGCGGCGCCGUCUCUCUCGUACAACACAACAUCGGCGGCAGGCAUGCGAGCAGCACUGCAACUCCUGGUGGCAGCGACGCACCUUCUUGUGGCCACGCAGGCCCACUACCUCAACGCGUGGGCUGUGCGCAUCCGUGGCGGAAGCCAAGUGGCAGACCAGUUGGCAUACGAACUGGGCUACGAGAACGUCGGACCGCUUAGAGGCCUCAGGGACACGUAUCUGCUGCGCAAGAUGGACCAACCUGAGCGUUCCAGGCGCUCGGCACGGACUUUCACGCGCCGGCUGACUGAGGACUCAAGGGUCGUGUGGGCCGAGCAGCAGAUGGUGCGACCGCGCGAGAAGCGAGGCCUGCCAUCGGACUGGGAGACGCUGCGCUUCAACGACCCGCUGUGGGGCCGCCAGUGGUACAUCCACGACACGCGCUCGUCGCCGGAGCUGCCCGAGCUGGACCACCGGGUCACCAAAGUGUGGGACAUGGGCUUCACUGGAAGGGGCGUCGUCGUCACCGUCAUGGACGAUGGACUGGAGUGGAACCACACGGAUCUGGUGCAAAACUACGCACCGGAGGCCAGCUACGACUUCAAUGACGACGAUCGCGAUCCCUUCCCACGCUACGAUUCCCAAGACCUUAACAACCAUGGAACCCGCUGUGCCGGAGAGAUCGCCAUGACAGCCAACAACCGGAACUGUGGAGUUGGUGUGGCAUACGAAGCACGUAUCGGAGGUAUCCGCAUGCUGGACGGUGACGUAGUGGACGCCGUCGAGUCCACUUCGCUGGCGUUCAACGUCGAAGCGAUCGACGUGUUCAGCGCGUCGUGGGGCCCUUCGGACGACGGGCGCACGGUGGACGGCCCCAAGCGGCUGGCCAGCGAGGCCCUCGAGCGGGGAGUGACCCGCGGCCGCGGGGGCCGCGGCUCCGUCUACGUGUGGGCCUCGGGCAACGGGGGCGCCAAGGGGGACAACUGCAACUGCGACGGCUACGCGGGCUCCCCGUACACCCUGUCGGUGUCCGGGGCCAGCCAGCGCGGCCGGUUCCCGUACUACGGCGAGAAGUGCGCCUCGACCAUGGCGGCCGCCUACUCGUCGGGCGCCUACACCGACCAGAAGGUGUCCACCUCCGACCUGCACGACCGCUGCACCACUCAGCAUACGGGCACCUCAGCGUCGGCGCCGCUAGCCGCGGGCAUCGUGGCGCUCGUUCUGCAAGCCAACCCGGGCCUUGGCUGGCGCGACGUGCAGCACCUGGUGGCCUGGACAUCGGACUUCGCACCGCUCAGCUCCAACCGAGGCUGGAAGCGGAAUGCCGCCGGCCUGCUCUACAACAGCCGCUUCGGAUUCGGACUGAUGGACGCGUACGCCAUGGUUCAGGCCGCCCUGAACUGGACCAACGUGGGGCGUCGCGAACAGUGCCGGCUGGAACCGUCGGCGCUGCUGCCUCGCCGCAUGGCAUCCGGUCAGCAGCUGCAGUUGGCGUUCGACGCCCUCCUGUGUCCGCUGGCGGCACUCGAGCACGUCCAAGUGCACUUGGACCUGCAGUACUCGCAGAGGGGAGCCCUGGACGUGUACCUGCGAUCGCCGGCCGGCACGGAAAGCGUGCUGCUCUACCGCCGAGCCAAGGACACGACGGGACAAGGAUUCCGCAACUGGACCUUCCUCACCGUCCACCUGUGGGGCGAAGACCCGCGGGGUCUCUGGGUCCUCGUCAUUCGGGACAAGUUCGGCCAGGACAACGUGGGGCGACUGAACGCGGUCUCCAUGACGCUGAGCGGGACAAGCGAGCAGCCUGCCUACCAGGCGGCGAGGAACGGACGUCGACGCUACGACGACGAACAGCUGGCGCACGGUGUCAUCGACCCGGUCCCGGAGUACGAAGAAGAGGAGGAGGAGGCACAUCGUGCAGCGGUCAUCCAGCGGAGCCGCCUGCAGCAGGCGCUGCUCGCAGAGAACCUGAUCGCCCCAAACUGAGCAAACUCCUGGAGUUUCAUCGCGGAAGACCCUCUUCCCCUCCCGGUUUUCCGAGUGCGCAGAACCAUCGCAGCUGACGUGACGGCUGAGGCAGACGUGCGUCGAUCCUUCCCUGCACUGAAAUGUCACCAGCGCAACUUACAGUGAAUGUCGGCAGAUCUAGGCGGCCAACAAAGAUCGUGUCGGUUCGUGUCCACGAGUCCCAGCGUGCAGAACAUUAUAUCAAUAAAGAGAGCCCAGGAACCAGCGUUUGUCGAAACGCUUGGCGCCGGAGCCACUA